AUCAUUGUUCUAAUUAAGCAAUGUUGAAUGGGAUGACGCCCCUUACCACAGGACUGCACGAGCAUGAAGCACAUGGCGUCUGCGCAUGUUGAUGUAGGUCGGGUCCCGGGGCGGCCGGCUGGCUGGCUGACUGGCUGGCUGACUGCCGUAAGGACGAUAACAGACCACUCCACGUGAACAUUUCAUGGCCGCCGCCAACAGCCUGACGUUUGCUAGCGUCCCUCGUGGAUAUAACCAUAGUUCGUACGUGGUCAUACAUUAAAUCGGAUUUGGUGGAAAUCGCUGGCGUGGAGAGACAACACCAGCGACCACCACCGUGACCACUGCCUCCCAACACCACAGCGAUGGUGUGAGACACGGUAUUGAGCGACAGACAAGUGCUUUUCAUCCCUCGUCCUUCUCUCGCUCCCACCCAGAGUUCGACGAACGCACAGACCUCCGAGAGACAGAAACAAGAUCCUAUGGCGCGCGGAAGAGAAAGGGGCUUGAGAUGAGGACGGGCGGAAGGGAGACCACUCGCUGGUGUCGACUGGCCAGAGUUAUGUCGUCGCCGAGGUCGCUUGGGUGCCACCAUGAGCAGCGCAGCACUCACCGUGCCAUACCUUUUAGCAGUUUUUGUCAUCAUCUCCCCGUUGGUGUCACCCCAGGGCCAGCUGCCAACAACCAUCGGUCUGAUCCCAUGGAGGAACAUCUCAGACUACAACAUGAGCUCCUGGUCUGACUUGCUUCCCUUGACAGUGGAGGCGCUACCUAUUGCCACAUCGAAGUCCCCGUAUGCUCAUAUUGAAAAUAGUCUUCAAACAAUAGGCUCCAAGAACCUCCUUGCCAUUGUUGGUCUUUACGAGGAGGCAGUCAGACUGGCAACCGAAGAACUUCAUAUUCCGUACUUGGCCCUCACCCCUGUGACGUCAAAGCCACGUGACUACACUUUAGAACUUUUGCCUACCCUCGACCAGAUCGGAGCAGCGGUGUAUGAUCUGGCAAACGCCUAUGACUGGAGCAAAGUCAGUGUCUUCUACGACGACGACAGAGGUGUGAAGAUAAUGGAAAAGCUAAUGACUAACUACACUCUGACCAUCCGUGGAUGGCGUUUGCCGGAUGUGGCGUCAGAGCGCGAAGUGAAGAAAUGUCUGGUGGAGAUGCGCAAAGUUCUGGUCGAGCAGUCAGUGGUCCUGUGUAACCUCCACAACACCAGGCGUAUUCUAGACCAGGCUCGAACGCUGGCCAUGCUCUCCACGCCGCCAUACCAGUGGCUGUUCUACGACCCGGCUGACGACCUCCACGACCUCUUGCUGCAGUUCCCCGACAUCGCCGUCAACUUCACUGUCCUGUCCUUGACCUCGUUCAACAGCCCUCCGCCGACAGCGACCUGAAGAAACUGGAGCACGCGCUUCUCUCGGACGCCAUCA